CAACACCUUUUUCUCUCUCUUCCUCAGUUUUCAUUUUCCCCCUCUCUCUAUCUCUAUCUCUUCCUUUGUUGUGCCAUUAUCAUUUCUCAUUUUCUUCCCAUGAAUAAAGCUGAAACCCACUAUCACACCUUCACCAGCUGUAGUACUAGUUGUGGAAAUUAACUCAUCCACAAUACAUAUAGUCCUAAAAAGCCUCACAAAAAUCCCACCACCCAUGUUAGACAAUACUGCUUCUUCUUCUGGUGCACCAUCUUCUUCUGAUAUUGCUGCUUUUGCAUUAUCAGAAAAUGGAGUGCUUAACAACAAAAGAAAAAGAAGACCAGCAGGCACACCAGAUCCAGAUGCUGAGGUGGUGUCCCUCUCACCCAAGACCUUACUAGAAUCAGACAGGUAUGUGUGUGAGAUCUGCAACCAAGGCUUUCAGAGGGACCAGAAUCUGCAAAUGCACAGGAGAAGGCACAAGGUGCCAUGGAAACUCCUGAAAAGAGAAACCACACAAGGGCAGAAGAAAAGGGUGUUUGUGUGCCCUGAGCCAAGUUGUUUGCACCAUGACCCUUGCCAUGCCCUUGGUGACCUUGUUGGAAUCAAGAAACACUUCAGGAGGAAGCACAGCAAUCACAAGCAGUGGGUUUGUGACAAAUGUAACAAAGGGUAUGCUGUGCAAUCUGAUUACAAGGCGCAUGUCAAAACAUGUGGUACCAGAGGGCACUCGUGUGACUGUGGCCGUGUGUUUUCCAGGGUGGAGAGUUUCAUAGAACAUCAAGAUACAUGCAAUAUGCGGCUGCCACGGCAAGAGUUACAAGCACUUCAACCUGCAUGCUCUUCUAGAACAGCUUCAAGCACAAGUCCAUCAAAUGAGGCCAAUUUUAGCAUAGCCCCAUUGCAAGGACUUCCACUGCCAAAACCACCACCAGCUGAUCAGCCAUCAACUUCAAACACACACAACUUAGAACUUCAGCUCUUAUCACCUUCUUCAACAAUCCCCAAAGAAAAUAGAAAUCCCAGGGAAAACCAUAAUGAGACCCGUUUGAAGCUCUCAAUAGGUUCAUGUACUAAUAAUGAUGGUCACAUAGGGAAUGAAGAAUCAGAAAGGAAUAAUAAUAAUAAUGUUGUGGGUGAUAAUUCCAUUUUCGAAGUGGCAAGGCUGAAAGAGUUUGCUGGUGAGGAACUCAAGUUGGCGAUGGCGGAGAAGGCUUACGCGGAAGAGGCUAGGAGAGAAGCGAAGCGCCAAAUUGAGAUAGCUGAGGUUGAGUUUGAGAAUGCUAAGAGGAUAAGGAAACAAGCGCAAGCUGAGCUCGGAAAAGCUGAAGAUUUGAGAAAGCAAGCAAUGAAGAAGAUUAGCUCCACUGUUAUGGAAAUAACUUGUCAAGCUUGCAAGCAGCAGUUUCAGAACUCAACUGUUGCAUCAGAUCAAGAAACUUCCAUUGUGGUGAGUUACGUGUCCUCAGCCAACACAGAAGGCGAAGCUGCAGAAGAAUGAUAUAGUGUGUGUUUGGAUAUCAGUUUAGUGUAAUUGGAUGGACUAUUAAUUUAUCUCGAGUUCUGCUUUCAUUUUAUCUCGAAGUCAGUGCUAACGAGCAUCCAAACCUAUGCAUUUAUAGUAUACUCCAUUAUGCUGUUCUGCAGAAAAAGAAAGAAGAAAAGCUAAACUCCACCUAACAGCCUUAGGGAAAUUAAAGAUGAUUGCAGGAAAAAAGUUUGUAAGAAGUCAUCUUGUAAUUUUUUUUUCUUUCAUGUUUUCUUUUCUCUUGGAUAGAUGAAAUUUGUAUUAUUUGAAAAUAGUUCAUAUUCUUUAUUAAUAUUGUUUAGGAGUGUUUAGGAGUUUGAGAUUUACAGUUGUUCGUCAAGGAUUGUUAAAAGUGAGAGUUGUAACCUGUUUUGAUGGUUACGUUUAACA